AUGGCGUCUCCGUCAUCGUUGCCGACAACGAGAAUCUGGUUCCGUACAGUGAUUGUGAUCGGUUUAAUGGUGGUUCUGUUCUACGUUGGUCGACCUCUCUACUGGAAGAUCUCCGCCACCAUCCACGAUAUCCGCCACAACAAACAAUCCGUCAGAGAAGGUAUAUCUCAGAUCGUGCAGGAGGCGCAGAGAUCGGUGGGAUGGUAUCACGACGAGUCGGAUUCCGGCUUCCGAGAGGUUCGGAACAAGAAAUCGGGAGUCGCCGCCUCUCGGAGGCUUCUUCUCGCCGGAGAUCAGCGAGAAUUUUAUGAAAAUUAA